GGUACAAUAUUUAUUUCGGAUAGUGGAACGAAAUGCUUUUCGUAAACCGAUUAAAUACCGGAGUCCAUUUAAGGAGCCACAAGCGUGCGUACUUAAGGCUGCUGGUGUUUGUGUCAAUUAACCACAAUUAGCCGGGAACUUAAAUGGAAUGACUAAUAUAAACAUCGGUAUUGUUCCCCGAUGUGCCCGCAGUUCAUGUCAAGUCAUGAGGAGAGCAAAUAUACAUAAUAAAACUACAGUCAUCUUAUCAUUUGAGGAGCGCACAGAGACCAGUGCAGACCAGGCGGCCGUGGCAGCGCGGAGACCCCGAUAAUUGAUAAGACGCGAAAUGUGAAAUGUGCAUUAACAUCAAGUGAGUCGAGGAAAAAAAAAGAAGAGAAGAGAGAAAAACAACGUCGGUCUUCAUAGAGAGAGAGAGAGUGAGAGAGAGAAAUCAACGAAGCCAGGAAGUAGUGGUCUGUUAUCGUCGUCGUCCUCGUCGUAGUCGUCGAAUAAAAACAUAUUAUAUAAAAUAUAAGCAUUAGGAUUCAGUGAAUGAAAUUAUAAUUUCGCCUAGCCAUGAUCGUGUCGAGCGUUUACCAUUGGUUGGAUCAAAUUAGAUUUUCGAUUGAAUCGUAUGAACAGGUUGUGAACGUGGAUGAGGUACUGCCAAGGCGGUGCAACUACAAAGUGAUAAACCAUCCAAGUAGGCGCGAAGAAUUGUAUUCCGCGAACAGUUUGCGGUGUAAAUCGUUGGAGGUGCAACCAGUCAGCGAUAUAAAUCGAUUGAUCGAAGAGACGAACGCGGAAUGCGUCAACAUUGAAGAAAAGGAGGAGAAGGAGGAAGAAGUUGUUGUUGUUGUUUUGGAAGAUGAGAAGAAGUCUCCAAGAGUAUUAGAGAGGGCGAACACCGUGCCGACGUUCUAUCUGAGCAAGAAUGAUAUGAUCCAAAGAAGCGGCGGUUCCCUGCGUGAUUUGGACGAAAGGAAUUCAACGUUGAAUAUUCAUAGGAGCGAGGAUAUGAUUACAAUGGGUAGCACCGCAUACGAAGAUAGUGUCAUCGGAGACUCGGUGGAAGAAGAAGGCAAGGUGACGAGUGACGACGAAUUCGAGGACGUUUUCGAUAAUAGUGUUUUCGACGAGAAUCACUAUGAUCAGAUGUUCAAGAGGCAGAUGAUUCGAUUGCCGCGCGUAAAGUACAAUCGCAAGUUGCUGCUGACCAAGAACCUCGGCAAGUCAUUGGAUUCCGUCGUGCCGAACGACAAGAAGGAUGUACUUUUGAGGGAGAAACGUUAUUCGCUCGGCUAUUACAGCGAGCACAGGAAAGCUCUGAACGACGAUUGCAUACGAUCCUACGAAGUGUUCACCGAUCUGCAGACCAUCGACGAACAUCAUUCGCAAGAAACUAAAAGCAAAGAGAAUUUUGCUGGCAAAAUUUUCGGCAGGUUCAAAAAGAGUUUCGCCAAAUCCAGCGACAAUUUAACUGUGGACACAGAGAAGGGACUUAUGGGAACGAUAAAGAAGAAAUGGGGAAGCGCGAGGAGAGUUCAGGAAGAUGAUUCCUCGGUUUGGUACUGCGAUACCAAGCAGCAGGAUGAUAACAACUUUCUGCAAGUUAAGCACGGCGAAGUCCGACCGGUUUCUACGACCUUCGAGGAAACCGUCGAGGAAAUACCGAAGAUCCCGACCAAGUAUAGCGUCGACAUUUCCAAUGACGUAAUUUACUGGUCGAUGCAAACCAGAUAUGACUGUUGCGAUGAAGAGGAAAGCCCGAUGGAGAGUUACCAGUUGCCGAGUAACUCACUGAAAUCGGAUAGAAUCAGACAGACCACAACCAUCAAUCAAGAAUAUGUCGUCACGAGGAAAUAUAUGAAUAUCUAUAAAAUGACGAUUUUGGGAAAACCACAGAAAAUAAACAAAGACGAUGUUGUGGAAAUCUCCGACGGAUUCGUCCGUUUGCUUCAUUCUAAUGGACAGCAGAAGAAUUUGCUCAAAGGAUUCUAUGUGGUUCAUGAGGAUAAAGCGGAUGGUCGAAAGGAGAUUAUAUUGACGAGCAGCGAUAACAAGGAGGUGAGGCUGUUUCAGAAAUCGACUGGUAAAUUGGCGGAGAAGAAGCUGACGUUGCUGCAGAAGUUCUUGGGCCGCCGGAUGACCAAAGACGAGUUGGAGUUGAAGGGGAUUUACCAGAACGAAACGAUAUUCGGAAACACCCUCGUCAAACUGUACGAGACGUCGCAGAGGCCGGUGCCGGAGUUUAUCAUCAGGAUCAUCGAUCUGAUAGAGAUGCCGAAGAACAUCGUCAGCGAUGGUAUUUAUAGGACGUCCGGCAACUUAGCGACCAUCCAGAAGAUUCGGAUAAAAGUCGAUUAUAACAACAUACAGAUCUUGAACGAGUACAAGGAAGACGCCGAAGUGUUGGCCGGUGCUCUGAAGCUGUUCUUCCGAGAACUGAAGGAGAGCAUCAUUUCGGAAGCUCAUUACUUUAAGUUUAAGGAUAUUUUAAAUACCAAUGAAUCUGACGAGGACAAGUACAAAGCGACGGCAGAAGUAAUCAACACGAUGCACGUGGCCCACAAGGAGACGCUGCGUGUGCUCAUGGAGCAUCUUCUGAAGGUGUCCGACCAUAGACACACGAACAACAUGAGCCUCGAAAGCAUUUCGAUAUGCUGGGGCCAAUCGAUCAUCUGCUUCAGCGACCAUUCCAACAACAACUCCGAAAUGGUUCAGGCGGCCACCGACAAAAAUAAAGUCGUUCUGCUGGUGUUGAACACCUUCAAGGAUUCGUGUGCGUCAGAUGUCGUGCAUUCUGAAUCGACGACCAGCUUCCAAUCUAUCCAAAGUUUACAUCACUUCGAUAUUAGCAGACAUCAUUCAAUGCUUUCCAAGACUGUCAGUUCACCGUGUUUGUACACCGCAGAUGUGAUGACCGAAGUGUAUCAAAUUAUUGAAGGCAAAAAUAAUAUUGAAGGCGUUUACGAGACGAAAGGAAAUAAGAAAAAGGUGGACAAGAUUUUGAAGAAGGCCACAAAGGAAGGCUCGAAGACGCUGAGGCUUCUUCUGUAUGGAACCAACACCACCGUACACGAUUUGGCAGAUUUCGCGAAAAUCUUCGUUCGGAAAGAGAAAAAUGCAAAUCUACACGUCGAUUUCUUAGAACGUCUGAAUGAAGAGGAUUUCGAUAAAAACGAAAUAUAUGAAUACAUCAAUCGACAGACUUGCUCCAAGACGUUAACUCAACUCUUCGUACAUUUGAAUAAAGUCUUGGAGAAAUCGAACGACCGAACCACCGCCCUCUACAACGUUACCAAAAAUUGGCUGUGGGUGUUGUGCGAAACCUCAGCCUGUGCGACGAAUUUCGAUAAGUUACGAUUCGCUAUGGAAACGUUGAUAGAUGCCUACGCUGAUCAAAGUAAAUGUAUUUGAGUUACCAUGACAAUAUUUAAUCUAGUCGAAGGACAGCUAUUAUUAAUUCCUUUAAUACAUAUAAGUGAUUCACUAUUAUCGUAUGUUACCAUAGUAAUUUUAGAUGUAAUUAUGAGAAAAAUAAUUGAUAUUCAGUGAUAUAUAUAUAUUUUACUAUUAGCAGACUUAGACUAUGAGUUAAGAGUUAAGUUUUAUAUACAGAGUUAAUACUCAUUGUAUGAACAGUUGCAGUUUAAAAAAUGUUUUCUACUUUUUACUAGGAAUAUUUCCUUUACAAAACUAAUUGAAAUGGUAUUAUUUAUGUUAUGUUCAUAUUUUUUUUAUUACUAUUAUUGUUUAGUUAAAGUAUACAAUUUAUUUUAUUUGUUAAACUAAUUG